AUGCAAAUAUUCUUCAUAAGCAUUAGCUGAUUCGAAAUUUUCGAUUACUCGAUUUUACUUUCUAGUGAUGUUUCAGUCAAUGCAAGCUGUCUUUUGGUUUGAGGACCACUGGUUCUAUCUACUUGAGGUCAAGUCACUGAUGAGAUGCGGAAUCUUACAGUGUUGUUGCUCAAAGCCAAGAAAUAUACAGUAAUCAAUUCUCACAGGACUAAUUUUAAAAGACUCAAAUCAACACUCUCUUAUACCGUUGAAAACGAUUUGGGGAAUAUGUCACCAAAAGUUCUUGUCACCCGGUCCGACAUACCUACUGUAGGGUUAGAGCUUCUGAAAAAAAGCUGUACUGUAAUUGUUUGGGAUAAAGCAGCACCUAUUCCACGAGAUAUGCUGUUGGAAAAAAUUGCUGGGGUCGAUGGGCUUUUUUGUAUGCUGACAGAUAGAAUAGAUGAGGAGGUUUUGACUACAGCUGGACCACAGCUUAAAGUAGUUGCUACAAUGUCUGUUGGGUUUGAUCAUUUAGACCUCAAGGCUUUGAAAGAGCGGAACAUAAAAGUUGGAUAUACCCCUGGAGUGCUCACUGAUGCUACUGCAGAAUUAACUGUGGCCCUAUUAUUGGCAACCUCUAGAAGACUGUUGGAAUCAAAUAGGGCCAUACUUAGAGGUGAGUGGCAGUCCUGGGCACCAACCUGGAUGUGUGGACCAGGCUUGAGUGAUUCUACUGUGGGUAUAGUUGGACUUGGUCGUAUAGGGAUUCAAGUAGCCAAGUGCCUCAAGAGUUUCAACGUUGCAAAUAUUGUUUAUACAAGCAGAACUGAGAAAAAGGAAGCAGAAGAAUUCGGUGGGCGAAAAGUUUUGAUAGAUGAAUUAGUUGCAGUCAGUGAUUUUGUGGUAGUCACAUGUGCCCUUACACCAGAGACACAAGGAUUAUUCAAUAAACAGAUGUUUGAAAAGAUGAAGAAAACAGCCAUAUUCAUAAACAGCAGUCGAGGUCCAAUUGUAGAUCAACCAGCAUUGAUAGAGGCUUUGAAAAAUGGAGCAAUAAGAGCAGCUGGUCUUGACGUUAUGACUCCUGAGCCUAUACCUUUGGAUAGUGAGCUUUUGAAAUUGGAUAACUGUGUUGUUCUACCACACAUAGGAAGUGCAACCAUUGAAACAAGGGCUGAAAUGGCCAAAGUAACAGCACUCAAUAUCUUGGCUGUGCUUGAGAAUAAACCAAUGCCCUUGCCCCUUGAUUGGUAGUUCUUGAGUAUAGGGUGCAUCUAACCAAGCUACAUCUAUGAUGUAUUUCAUCAUCAAUAUUGUACAGUGAAUAAAGUUGUAUAAUCAAAUUACGA